CCUUCUCAAAGAACUCAUAUAGCAAAAAUGUCCACCACCGAGCAGACCUACAUCAUGAUCAAGCCUGACGGCGUCCAGCGUGGCCUCGUCGGUGAGAUCAUCGCCCGAUUCGAGAAGCGUGGCUUCAAGCUCGCGGCCCUCAAGCUCGCCACCCCCUCCAAGGAGCACCUCGAGAAGCACUAUGCCGACCUCUCCUCCAAGGGCUUCUUCCCCCGACUCAUCGAGUACAUGAUGUCCGGCCCCGUUGUCUGCAUGGUCUGGGAGGGUCUCGACGCCGUCAAGACCGGCCGUGUCAUGCUCGGUGCCACCAACCCCCUCGCCUCUGCCCCCGGUACCAUCCGAGGUGACUACGCUCUCCAGGUGGGAAUGAACGUCUGCCACGGUUCCGACUCUGUCGAGAACGGCCAGAAGGAGAUUGCUCUCUGGUUCCCCGAGGGUAUCAACCAGUACAAGCUCUCCGCUCAGGCUUGGCUCUACGAGGCCUAAGCGACCAUGUCCUUGGGCUAUCGUUUUACCUCCUUGUGAUGUUGAUUAUGCAUAGCAAUGACGGAACUACAGGGGGCAUAUGUUACAUAUAUCCAUCUACAUGUCUCAUCGUAAUCUAAAAGACCAAUGGCUCGACGUUUCGGCUCGUAAUCGUUGAAAGUCUACACAUCAAAUUAAGCGUAUCAAAUCGUGGUCAGUUCGUUCACCGUUACGACACAAGUCUACAACACCACCAGUGUGUCUAGCAAUAUAUACGAGCUGUCUCUUCCCUGCUUUUAGAUUACAUUUGUCCAUCAGACAUACGAGGCAGAUCACGAUCACACAGAAGACCCCUCACCGCUCCGCACCUGUACGCGAUACCCAAACUCCCCAGCCGAGGGCGAAACCAUUGAUGGUGCGAUCCCCGGCAUCACUCUUGAGCUCCCGACAUCACCAGGGAAUAUUGGGUGCGUUUGACGCCGAUUCAUCCCUGGUGGCACAUGUCCGCUAGGCGAGAUACGUGCAGGCUGGGCAUAUAUGCUGAAACCGAGACCGUUUUGGGUAUGCGUGGGCGAGCGCGUGGCAGUGGAAGAAGAGGAAGAAUUGUGCCGACGGUGCACGCUCUUGGGUGUUUGCGGUGAACCCAGGUAAACAGACGAUGGUCUGGCAAAGGCUGAUGCAGGUGUUGAGGGACUCUUGCGCUGAGGGUCCAAAAGAGGAGAUCCAGUCGAUGGGUAGGGACUGGGCAUGACCACCGGGGCCAGGGUCGGGCUUUGGUGCGGCCAAGCUGAAGGCAAUUCUCGAUUGGCUGCUUUUGUUGACUUUGGGCUCUGGACAUCGCGGAAACUCUUCUGCUUGACUCUCCGACUGUAAUGUGUCGAUGUUUCUAUGCCGGUAUCAGUCAUGGGAGCCUCGUUCUGAUUCACUCGACAUACCUCGCAGCCCCAGCUCUACCGCCUUGAUCAACACCUGGUGUCUAUUCCUCGACGGUCCAAAGUUGGACACCACCCAUGUCCAGUCAACGUGCUCCUUGGGUGCCCCGUCCUCCGCCCUCUUUGAGAUUUGCACCAAGCCCUGCAGCCGAUCCACCUCGGCCGUCUUCCAUGGACCGUGGAUUACCUUGCCCGGCUGUGGCAGGGAAGAUGGGUCGGGAAGAGUAGCCAAUGCGGUGUUGGGGUCGGUGAAGAGGCAGGACC